GUUAUUUUUUUUUAUUAAAUGCAAUUAAAUUAAUUCACUUGUAAUACGAAUUUAUAGAAAAUUCUGGCAUUUCAGAUAAUAAUGAUGUUUCAAGAUAUUUCCAUCUAUUGUCAUUCGACAAUCGUAGAUUGAUCGUAGAUUCGGGUCGCGCAUAAGCGCUGUAUCGGGCAUUACUGCGCGCGCUGAGCAAGAUGUACGUUCGUUCUAGGCCGAAUAUUUAUUCAAAAAGAAUCCCGAGGGAAAAAUGUUCGAACCGGAUUAUACGGAAACAAUGAGCAUGCUUCUGGAUGCUAUCGGCCAGCAACAAAGCGAUGUUCUUCCGGAAGCAGGAUUAGAUAGCGACAUAAUGCAGUUCCUGAAGAAGCGGGAUGAAUUAUCCACCGCGGACGAAAUAGAGGAAAACGGAACGAAGGAUGAACGCGGAACGCCAACAUUGAUUCCUGAGCAGACCACCGAUUGUGAAAGCACCGAUGAGUUUGAAAGGGAGGAAUCAAAUUUCACCGAGCGGAUCAGCGAUGAAUUCGGGAGAGAAGCGUAAUCUGUCCAUCAAACCGUUCUAAACGCGCAGUCUUUCGACAUAUGAUAUAACUAGAAAAUAAAAAGCGCAAGCUGCGAACGUUUGCGAUGUUGCAUUAAUCGCCAGUUUGACGUUUGUUCAAUCGACAUUACGUAUAUUCGUUAUUGUAAUUUAUUUGCUGCGAAGAUCACGAAUUAUUUAAGCAAAAUAUAUCCGAUAUAAAUUUUUCUUGACGUUAAAUAUCAGUUUGAUGCGCACAACAACUUUGUUACUUAAUUGUGACGACUCUUUUUACAUGAACGCUGUUUUUUUUUAACCCAAUAAUUUCGAUACUCGUUCAAACGUGAGUCUCUUUAAGCACGUGCAGUGUUGACUAAAUAUAAUGUGAUGUAUUUAAAUAGUUUGCUACGUAUCUUCCUUUUUGCAAAGUUAUAUUACGUAUUCGAUACUCAAGGGAAGUCAGUAAUUUCUUGCUACUCGUGUUGUGUCGAGUCAUAUCAUACUGGUUCUAUUUUGUUGCCUUCAAUUCAUGCUGAUCUCGGACUUAAGCACUUUGGUUGUGUAGCGUGCAAUAAGCAGGCGUUUCAAGCCGAACGCUCGAAGCGUCGCCCACGUUAGAUCUAUAAUAUCUCUUGAGACGGGAUUCUCUAACGAUUUUAUACGUGCGACAGCAUCUGAAGAAACAAAAGGUUUAAUAAAUAGAAAUUCUUAUCCUUGGAUGCUCGCAGCACUGUCAGCGCAAGCCAACUUUCAUCGAGGAGGGCAAGUGCGUAAGAAAAGUUUAAUUAAGAAGAACUCUUUAUUCGCAGCGUCUAUAAUUCCUACACGAGCGCGGGUACAGCUUCUUAGAGGAGCAGAGCUCCACAAGAAGAGCGAAGUUUAUAGUCCUUGACCAGGAUAGACUCGCGAUUCCAAAGCCGCGCAACUUCUAUUAGAAGCCGCUGCAAAUAUCAAGAAUGCAACGCUAAAUUGAUCGUUUUAUGGAAAUCAGACGUGUGGCGCAACGUACGUAUGGGUUUUUGUAGACAUCAAGGCCGCGAUCAUUUCAAGCUGGGCUUGCUUGGGAGAGGGAAAA